AAACAAGCAAACAAAACAAACGGAGGAAGAGGUUUUAGGAAAAACUUUACCCCUUCCCAUUUGUACUCUCUCUCAUUCCUUUUCUAGGGUUUUAAGGUUAGGGUUUCAUUCAUUCACCCCUUUCUCUCUCUCUACCUCUUUCUCUCUCUUCCUUUCGAUUCUCCAUCCAUGGAUAGGUAUCAGAAGGUCGAAAAACCCAAACCAGACUCUCCAAUCAACGAAAAUGAGAUCCGUAUCACCACUCAAGGCGCCAUUCGUAACUACAUCACUUACGCCACUUCACUUCUUCAGGAAAAGCAUGCCAAAGAAAUUGUCUUGAAGGCAAUGGGACAAGCAAUCAGCAAGACAGUUGCCAUUGCAGAGAUUCUGAAGAAGAGGAUUGCCCUUUUGCACCAAGAUACUGCCAUCAGCUCAGUAAGCAUAACAGAUGUCUGGGAGCCUAUUGAAGAGGGUCUUGUACCUGUGGAAAUGACUCGGCAUGUCUCUAUGAUUUCAAUCACCUUGUCAACUGGAGAAUUAAACCAAAACUCUCCUGGGUAUCAAGCUCCGUCUAAUGUGGAACAACCAAAGCAGCACUCCAAUUAUCAGCAGCAGCCUAUGAAACCAGCACAGGAUUCUUAUAAUGCUGUAAAUGAAGACUCAUAUGGCCGAGGUCGUGGUCGAGGUAGGGGCAGAGGGAGAGGAAGGAGUUGGGGUAGGGGUGGUUAUGGCGGCUAUCAAGGUGGUUAUGGAAAUUACCAAGGUGGAUAUGGAUAUUACCAAGGUGGAUUUUCAAAUUAUCAAGAUAAUGGUGGGUAUUCUAAUCGUGGCCGAGGCGGAGGCCGAGGCAGAGGUUGGGGAUUUCGUGGUACUGGUUAUGGUGGUGGCAGAGGUGGAGGAUACGAAGGUGGUCGAGGCGGAGGAUACGAAGGUGGAAGAGGUGGAGGUUAUGAUGGUGGUCGAGGUGGAGGUUAUGACGGUGGUCGAGGUGGAGGAUACGAAGGUGGAAGAGGUGGAGGUUACGAAGGAGGCAGAGGUGGAGGUUAUGAAGGAGGCAGAGGUGGAGGUUAUGAUGGAGGUAGAGGUGGAGGUUAUGAAAGAAACAGAGGUCUGGGUUAUGAAGGUGGCCGAGGUGGAGGAAUGGGUUAUGUAGGAGGCAGAGGUGGAGGUACGGGUUAUGAUGGAGGAAGAGGUGGAGGAAUGGGUUUUGAAAGAGGCAGGGGAGGAGGCAGGGGUUAUAACCGUGGGAGGGGAAGAAUCGGCGGUGGACGUGGUAGGAAUGGAGAAAACCAGGCAUGAUAGCAAUAGGUGUUAAUUUCAUUCUUGCUAAAUGCUUUUGCCUUAAUAGUGCAGUUUGUUUAUUAGAAUACUUUGUUGAUAGUAUGAUCUGGCUCAUGAUACAGCAUUUAUGUUUUUUUCUUGAUGAAACUGAUUUGAGCAAGGUUUUGUUCAUCUUUAGAUUUAGCUGGAAAAAGCAUCUUUGGUUUUAUGAUUGCUGUAAUUGAUUACACCUUUUAUGGUUUUGCCAACACCAUAUUUUUAUCUGUA